UGAUGUAUGAAGUAUAGAUUGAACAAGAGUAGACAGUAGUAAUACGAGAAACCAAUAAAAAAAGAGAACAAUUUCGUCAUGAUUUGAGAAGGAAAGCUUUAAAUGAAUAAUUUAAGGUAAAAUUAAAUUUCUAAAUGAAUAGAGAAAGAGAACGCCUGCAAAAGAAUUAGAUAUGUUAAAUAUACUUAAAAAACUUAAAAAUAAUGAGUCAGAACUAGUAUUAAUAAAAUUUAUUGUUUUUAGUGCAGAGUAUUAAGAUUAAUGCAAGAUGCAAAAUUAGAAGAAAAUGAAGAAAUAGGACUAUUUUUAAGAGACUUAUCACAAGAGAAUUUGAAUUAGGAAAUUAGAUAAUUGUGUAAAUCAUUGAUAAAUAUUAAAUUCUGUUGCAUUCCUUAAUAUGCAAUCAAAAAUAGACAAUAACAUUGAAU